AUGGGAGGGAUUGGCAAAACAACCAUUGCUAAAGCGGCUUAUAAUAAAAUUCGUCGCGACUAUGAGGCAAAGAGCUUCCUCCUAAACGUCAGGGAAUUUUGGGAACAAGAUAAUGUCCAAGUUUCUUUACAGCAACGACUUCUUUCAGAUAUCUACAAAACAACAAAAAUAAAGAUUGAUACAGUUGAAUCGGGAAAAAUGAUAUUGCAAGAGAGACUUCGGCAAAAGAGGAUAUUUCUUGUGAUCGACGAUGUGAAUAAAAUGGACCAAUUGAAAGCUUUGUGUGGAAGUCACGAAUGGUUUGGUCAAGGAAGUAGAAUAGUCAUCACUACAAGAGACAAUGAUUUACUUCGGAAGCUUAAGGUGGACCAUGUGUAUAGAAUGGAAAAAAUGAACGACGAUGAAUCUCUUCUACUUUUUAGUUGGCAUGCCUUCAAGGAACAAAGUCCUAUUGAUGAUUUUGCUGACCUUUCUAGAGAUUUUAUUAAGUACUCUGGAGGGUUGCCGCUAGCUCUUCAAGUCAUUGGGUCCUUUUUGUUGACUAGGCGAAGCAAAAUAGAGUGGAAGAGUGUAUUGGAGAAACUAAAAUGCAUUCCCAAUGAGGAAGUGUUAGAAAAACUUAGAAUAAGUUUUGACGGUUUAAGUGAUUAUGAUAUGAAAGAAAUAUUCCUUAAUAUUGCUUUUUUCUUUAUUGGGAUGGACAAAGAAGAUGUGACUAAAAUAUUGGAAGACUGUGGGCAUUAUGCAUGUAUUGGAAUAAGUGUCCUUGUUCAAAGAAGUCUUGUAACUGUUGACAGCAAGAACAAGAUUGGAAUGCAUGAAUUGCUACAAGACAUGGGAAGAGAGAUCGUAGGUAAGAUAUCAAGAGAGGGAAACAAGAAUCCUAGUAGGUUAUGGCGUUACAAGGACGUGAAUCAUACAUUGUCAAAGGAUAGUAAAACUUUAGAUGUCAAAGGACUGACUUUAAAUAUGUCAAGAAUGGAUUCCACAACUUAUUUGGACUCUAAAACAUUUGAGAAGAUGGAUAAGCUUAAAUUACUUCAACUUGCUGGCGUACAAUUUAAUGGAGAUUACAAAUCUCUUUCAAGAGAACUUAGAUGGCUUUCUUGGCAUGGGUUUCCUUUCAAAUAUAUACCACCAGAUUUUUAUCAAGAACGUUUAGUUUCUGUUGACUUCAAAUAUUCCAAUCUGGAACGAGUAUGGAUCAAGUCCCAGUUUUUGGCGGGGCUGAAAUUUCUUAAUCUUAGCCACUCUCACAACUUGAGACAAACUCCAGACUUUUCAAACUUGCCAAAUCUUGAAAAGUUGAUAUUCAAAGAUUGUCCAAGAUUGUCCUCAAUUUCUUCUACUAUAGGACAUCUCAAGAAAAUUCUUUUGAUAAAUUUGAAAGACUGUACAGGCCUUUGUGAACUUCCAAGAAGCAUCUAUAAAUUGAAAUCAUUAAGAACUCUAAUUAUGUCUGGCUGUACAAAAAUUUUCAAGUUGAAAGAGGAAAGAGGAUAUAUAACAGAUGAUAUCUUGUCCCUAGUUCAAACAUUUGUAGGCACGUCAUCUCUUGAAUUCUUAGAUGAACAAGAAAAUAGUUUCUAUGGUCUGCCAUCUGCUUUUAAACAAAUUUCGAAUCUUCAAUAUCUUUGGUUGAAAUGCGUGUCAGACACUCAACUAAAUCAAACUCUAGCAAGUAUUCUCGAUAACUUACAAACCCAAAGUUGUGAGGAGUUGGAAGCAAUGCAAAACACACCUCAAUCCUCAAAUUUUGUGACUUCGGAAUCAACUCGAUAUUUCAGUCAAGUUCGAAUUUCAAGCUCACAAAAAUCCUUGGCAUCGCUUUUGAUUCAAAUGGGAAUGAACUGCCAUGUCACUAAUACUCUUAGAGAAAACAUUUUACUGAAAAUGCCUCCAAACGGGUCUGGUUUUCUCCCCGGUGAUAAUCAUCCUGAUUGGCUAGCCUUCAAUGAAAACGAUUCUUCUGUAAAUUUUGAAGUACCUCAGGUGGAUGAGCGUAGUUUGAGAACAAUCAUGUGCAUUGUCUAUUCUUCUUCUCCAGAUGAUAUUGUAUCAGAAGGCCUUAAAGUUUUGCUGCUGAUAAAUUGCACAAAGAAAACCAUUCAGCUGUAUAAGAGAGACGCAUUAUUAGCCUCCUUUGAUGAAGAAGAGUGGCAGAAAGUAGUAUCAAGUACAGAACCAGGUGACAUAAUGAAGCUUAUUGUUGUAUUUGAAAGCAAAAUUGUUGUGAAGAAGACAACAGUUUAUCUUAUUUAUGAUGAACCAACUGACGAAAAGACAAAGCAAUGCUGUGAACUAGAUAAGAAUAUUAUUGCUUCUAGUGGUGAUGGAAAUAUAUUCGGUAGACUCUUGUUGAGACUUCCUUCCCUUGUUCGAACAGUUCUGCUUUCUCGAUCUUUCUGUUUCAGGAAAUGGGUUCCCAAAGCUCUCAAGGUUUCUGCAAUCCAGUAUCAAGGGGCGGAAUUCCUUUGGGUGUUGUACAACAUGAUUUUAAAUCGCUGUCGUCGUGGCUAA